GUAGUCGAUCAUGUGACAUAGACAAAAGGUCGUACUUUGAAUUGUGUAAUGAUUUAAAUGUAACAGACCAUUUUACUGCAGUUGAAAUAUACAAUUUAUUUUCAGAAAUCAUUGCUAAUUUCUAUUCAGAUUUUUUCAAUGAUGAUUUAUACGACAGAGAUUUAAAUAGUUCAUAUUCCUAUGACACUUGUGGUCGUUCACCGAAUGUAAAUAGUACCUUUAACAGUAAUCAUGUCAUUAAUGAUGUUAAUAUUUUAUGUUUAAACUGUUGUGGCAUAAAGUCCAGAAUGCAAUAUCCAGAAUUUGAAAAUAUAAUUAAAAAGCACGAUAUCGUAUGUUUUGUUGAGACGAAAACGGACGAUAUUGAUGUCAUAAAUUUUCCUGGUUUUCACUUUGAAAUGAAAAACAGAAAAACGGUGAAUUGCAGACGAUCAGGAGGUAUUAUAGUUGGUUAUACGGAAAAGUUAAAGAACAUGAUAGAAAUUAAAGAAACAGAUUGUAAAUACGUUCUGUGGUUUCAAGUAAACGGGAAAGUUUUUAAUUUAGACAAACCCGUUGUUUUUGGCGUUGUUUACAUUCCUCCGGAAUAUACUAAGUAUUCAUCAGAUGAAGCGAUUAAUCAGAUUGAACAAGAAUACUUAUGCUUUUCAAAUUAUUCAAAUUAUAUAUGCCUCUUAGGCGACUUUAAUGCCAGAACAGGUUGUGAUGAUGAUUUUAUAAUUAUAGAUGAAAAUGAACAUGGUGAAAAUAAUUUAUCUGAUUUUAUCGAAAAUCCCGUUAAUGCUCUCAAAGAUCUGUCUUUUCCUAUUAAACGUGUAAAUAUGGAUAAAGGAAAAAAUAGAUAUGGAAAUAUGCUGUUGAAUUUUUGUAAAGGUAACGGCGUUUUCAUACUAAAUGGGAGAAUGGGAAGGGAUCAAAAUUUAGGGCGAUUUACUUGUCGUAAUGCCAGUGUAGUUGAUUAUUGUAUCAGCAGUCCUGGACUUCUAAAAUCAUUUAAGGACUUUGAAGUUUUAGAUUCAAGUAAAUUAUUGUCAGAUGUUCAUAAUCCUAUUUCUGUCACUUUUAAUUGUAAUAAAAAUGUGGUAAAUGACCAUGCAGAAAAUGUUGAUUGUAAUAGUCAUUAUAAUACUGUUGAGAAAACAAAUAGAUGGGAUUCUGAAAAGAUAAAAGAUUUUCAAAAUAAUAUUGACGUUGAAAAAGUUUUGGAAUUAGAAUACAAACUUUGUAAUACUGAUUUGAAUGAUGUUAAUAAAAAUGUAAUUAAUACAUUUAUAGGUGAUUUAUGUAACAUUUUUGUCAGGUGUGGGCAAGCUACUUUUGGUAUCUCUUCCGUAAAACGGAAUAAAAACAAAGGUAAAAGUGGAAAUAAAAAUAAACCAUGGUUUGAUGUGGAAUGUAAAUUUGCGCGCCAAAAUUACCGAAAAUUAAAGAGACGAUUUAAGUCUAAAAAUAGUUGCCAAAACCAUUUAGACAUGUUAAAUGCCGAAAAAAUUUAUAAAAAGGUUCUCGAUAACAAAAAAAGAAAUUUUAGAAAUGAUCUUUCAAACAAAAUUCAAAAUUUGCGUGGCAACAAUCCGAAAGAAUUUUGGAAAAUUUUAAAUAAAGGAAAGAAGAAAAAGCAACCGGAUAUUGAUAUAGGAAAAUUACACGAUUUUUUCAAAAAGUUAAACGCUGCACCGGAAGAUGAUCAAACUGUGCGUUUUCCCGACAUUGAUCCCAUGCAAAGUGAGCAGCUAAAUGAGAAUAUAAAUUCGCCUUUCUCACAAGAUGAAAUUCUUCGGUGCAUUAAGAAACUGAAGAAUGAAAAAGCUUGUGGAGAAGACGAAAUUAUAAAUGAAUACAUAAAAUCCACAUCUACCCAGUUUAUUUGUAUUUAUGAGAAACUCUUUAAUAUUAUAUUCGAUAAAGGCUUAAUUCCACAAAGUUGGCUUAUUGGUACUAUUAAACCAGUAUAUAAAAAUAAAGGUGACUCUAAAGAUCCAAAGAACUAUAGACCAAUCACUAUUGUUAGUUGCUUGGGAAAAUUAUUUACUGGAAUACUAAAUAAAAGAUUAAAUGAUUUUUCAGAUGAAUUUAUUAUCAUACAAGAAAACCAGAGUGGUUUUCGCCAAAAGUAUUCUACUACAGAUAAUAUAUUUACCUUAUAUUCUUUUUUUGAAUUGUUGAAAUGCAAGAAGAAGAAGUUAUAUUGUGCCUUUGUAGAUUUUGAGAAGGCAUUUGAUACUGUAUGGCGAGAUGGUUUGUUUUAUAAAAUGCUAUUGAAUAAUAUAAAUGGUAAGAUGUAUAAUGUAAUAUUGAAUAUGUACAGUGAUAUUAAAUCUCGUAUAUCAUAUAAUUAUUGUUAUUCGGAAUACUUUGCUUGUGAUAAUGGUGUACGACAAGGGGAAAACUUAUCACCUUUCCUAUUUUCAUUAUUUUUGAAUGACUUAGAAAAUUUCUUAGUCAGUAAAAAUAUCACAGGACUUCAAACUAUUUCAGAAGAUUUGGAGAGAGAAUUGGAAAUAUACUUAAAGUUUUUUAUUAUUUUGUACGCAGAUGACACGGUAUUGCUGGCCGAAACAGCACAGGACCUGCAGACUCAACUCAAUGCCUUUCAUGAAUAUUGUAAGGUUUGGAAAUUGAAAGUAAACGUUGACAAAACCAAAGCUUUAGUGUUUGGUUUUGGACGUUUGCCCCAAAAUCUCAAAUUUUCUUACAAUAACACUAACAUUGAGAUCGUAAAGCAGUGUAACUAUUUGGGAAUUAUUUUUACUAGAACGGGGAACUUUAAUAUGACAAAAAAACAUUUAUCAGAUAAGGCCUUAAAAGCCAUGUACGAAGUCCUGAAAAUGGGAAGGAUGUAUCAGCUCUCCAUUAAAUGUCAGCUAGAUCUUUUUGACAAAAUUGUCAAGCCCAUAUUGUUGUAUGGGUCUGAAGUAUGGGGUUUUAGUAAUAAUGAGGUAUUAGAAAAGAUACAUUUGAAAUUCUGUAAAUUACUUUUAAAUCUAAAAUCCUCAACACCAAACUAUAUGGUUUACGGGGAACUAGGUCGCCAUCCGGUUGACAUAGAUAUAAAAAUUCGAGCAGUAUUAUUUUGGGCAAAUUUGAUAUCCGGCAAACAAGCAAAGUUUUCCUGUAUAUUGUAUCAACUUUCUCGCCAUAUGAAUGUUCAUUUUAACAUGCAGACUAAAUUGAUUCUUUUUGUCAAAAAAAUAUUUCAAGAUUGUGGUUUUUCAUUUAUAUGGGAAACACAAAAUUUUAUAGAUAAAGAUUGGUUAAAAACUGUAAUAAAGCAAAGACUGUUAGACCAGUUUCUUCAGAAUUGGAAUUCGCUAAUUCAAAUUUCGCCAAAAGCUAUUAACUAUAAAAAUUUUAAGAAAAACUGGGAAUUUGAGGAAUAUUUUAACAUUUUGAACUUUAAAGAUGCCGUUGUUCUUUGUCGAUUUCGAACCACCAAUAACAAAUUGCCGAUUGAAACAGGAAGGUGGCAAAAAGUACUGAGAGAAAACCGUGUUUGUCAUCUAUGUGAAAAUCGACAAAUUGGUGACGAAUAUCACUAUCUAUUGGAAUGUAAUUUUUUCGAUCAAAAACGUACAGAGUAUUUAUCCUCCUAUUUUGUGCAACGACAUAAUACAUUUAAAUUUUUGGAACUUAUGUCGAGUACAAGAAAACCAGUCCUGAAGAAACUUUGUUUAUUUAUAAAACAUAUUAAUACUUGUGUUUGUCCUCCUGGCUAGAGACUUCUGUAACCUCUCUCCUUGUUUUGUAUAUAUUGUAAAUAGUUAUUGUUGUUAUCUCUGUACUGAUGUUAUG